GUUUCGUAAUAAAGCGAAUGUUGUAAGCGGCCCGUACAGCUGCAAGAUGGCAGCUUCCAUGGUUGCCACGUCGAGUGUUCAAUGGAUUGUUACUGUCUCUGUCUGCUGAAAGAUACGCACUUGGCUCUUACGAUACUGGAUUUAGAGAAAUGAUAUUACCAAAAAUGGAAAAACGGUGACCCUCUAGUGGCAGAUUCUGCCAUUUCAGAACAUUGCUGUUUGUACAGUCUUUCUUCUGAGUCUCAUUUUUUUGGCCAGCUUCCAUCGGUGCCAGCCGUGUAACAGGCACUAGCUGCUGUGGAUUAUGGUCACUAAAGCAUCUAAAACUAUUGUAUUAUGUUCGAUUGCGAACUUUGUCAACUCUGCCGACCGUGUGAUCAUGCCAAUAGCUAUCAUCUCUAUUGCCGACCAGUACAAACUGGAUCUUCACAAUCAGGGAUGGGUGCUCAGUUCAUUUGCUGUUGGAUAUAUGAGCAGUCAAGUAAUUGGCGGGAGUGCAGCCCGAAAAUAUGGCGGAAAAUCAGUUCUUGCAAUGGCAGUCUUUCUAUGGUCCCUUUCAACCUUUAUGGUUCCAUUUUUUGCUCAUUCUAUUAAUGCUCUUUUGAUAUCCAGAGUUCUUCUUGGAUUAGGUGAAGGGUUAGGUUUACCAACAGUUUUUCAUAUAUUUGCUCAUACAAUACCAGUAGAAGAAAGAUCUCGAGCUUUUGCUUAUCUUGUAGCCUGUGGUUCUAUUGGUCAAACAGUUGCUGCUCUUGUUUGUCCCCACUUACAUUGGCCAUGGAUGUUUUAUUCCUUUGGCUCCCUAGGUUUCAUAUGGGUGCUUAUCUGGUACCUUUUUUAUACGGAGACCCGCCAAGAAGAAUUUGUCCAGCCUCCAAAAGUAAAUAGUACCAAUGUCCGGUGGUCUGAAUUCCUGUGUCACUGGCCGCUCUGGUCUAUGUAUUUGGCCCACUUUAGUAUGAACUGGUCUAAUUAUAUUAUUAUGCAGUGGCUACCCACUUACCUGACCCGACACCUUGGUGCUGAUGCACACCACAUUAUGUUAACUGCAGUGCCUUAUAUCAUGAACUCUUUGCUCGGUGUUGUUGCAGGUCAUUUUGCUGACUCCCUUGUAGCGAACAAAUGGACCGUUCUUUCUGUAAGACGUCUUAUGACCAGCGUUGGACUCCUUGGACCAGGUCUUUUCAUUUUAUUCUUCAGUAUGGUCAAUAAUCUACCAUUAGCUGUACUGUUUGUAUCAAUAUCUCUUGGACUGAGUGCCUGCAAUUCAGCUGGACAUUUAAGUAACCAUCCUGAAGUAGCUCCCAAUCAUGCUGGUAUUACCUUUGCUGUAUCUAAUACUUUGGCUACCAUUCCUGGAAUAACUUGUGGUCCACUAACUGCUGAAUUAGUCACACAGUCUCAUGGCCGUUGGUUUCCUGUGUUCAUCAUUGCCGCUGGUGUUAACUUUGUCGGAGCAAUUAUCUACCUAAGUCAGAGUGCGGCCAGUCAAGUUCUUUGACGACUAAAUUUCUUUUGACAAUCAUUU